AUGGGGUUUCUCGCGUGGAUCCUCGCGUGGCUGCGUGGACUCUUCUGGCAGCAGGAAAUGGAAAUAACACUCGUCGGACUGCAGGGCGCUGGUAAAACAACACUUCUCGCUGCCUUUUGCGACGGCAAAGAGUCUGUACUCGCACAUGAUGCCAUUCCAACCAUCGGCCUUAAUACACGCAAACUUGUGCGGGGCGGUGUGUCGGUGAAAGUGUGGGAUAUUGGCGGCCAACCACGGUUCCGCGGAAUGUGGGAGCGUUACUGCCGUGGUGUGCAGUGUGUUGUGUUCGUUGUGGAUGCUAGUGAAGUGGCGGCCUUUGAGGAGGCACGGCGGUGUUUGCAUGACUUAGUGACUCGCCCCGCACUUGUUGGUAUUCCACUGCUAGUGCUGGCGAAUAAGAAUGAUAUUGCCGGGGCGUGUUCAGCUGAGACAGUAGCGGCGGAGAUGCAACUUUCAAAGCUCGCACCAGAUCGUGAGACCGCCUGUUAUAGCAUUAGUGCUAAGAAUUAUGUGAACAUUGAUGUUACACUGAAGUGGCUUAUGCGGCAUUCCAAAACGGCGUCCUCUACAGAGUAG